AUGGGGACGCAAGGCGUGAUGAUGAGGGUCCAAUUCGGUUCAAGGAAGCCGAUCAGAGAGGCUCCGCCGACAAAAGGUCCCCGCAACAAACGUACAGCCGUUGCCAAAAGCCGCCAUUUCUCUCGCCUCUCUUCUCUCUCCCCACCAAGCCAUGCGGACACUGUAGCCGGGGCAUGGCCCCCGGAUCCCCGGAGGCAUUAUUUGAAAGGCCCCAAGGGCUGUCGACAGGGGAGGAAAAUGGAAGAAGCAAAGAAGGAGGAAGAAGGUCCCUCUUUUUCCUUCUUCACUCAACACACACCCUCAAACCGGCAUCGGAUCCCUGACCAAGUCUUUAUCCAGUGGGAAACAUUGCCGUCAGUGUGCUCCGUCUCCACCGGUAUCCAUCUUGCAUGGAUCACGCAUGGAUACCCAUGGAGGGAAUGGCACGGUGACUUGGACGAACCCAACGGAGCAACGUACUGA